GCUUUCCUUCACCGAAUGAUCCAAUGUGCUACAGCCAAAGCAGACAAAAAUGUCACAGAAGAGACAGUUAAGAUGUUGUUUUCAAAUAUUGAAGAUAUUCUUGCAGUUCACAAAAACUUCCUUUCCCUGGUGGAGGAGUGCUUACAGCCAGAACCUAAUGCGCAGCAUGAAGUUGGAACCUGCUUUCUUCAUUAUAAAGAGAAGUUCCGUAUUUAUGAUGAAUACUGCAGUAACCACGAGAAGGCACAGAAGGUUCUCCUUGACCUUAACAAAAUAAGAACAGUGCGGACCUUUCUUUUGAAUUGCAUGCUUCUUGGAGGACGCAAGAACACAGAUGUACCAUUGGAGGGAUAUCUGGUAACACCGAUACAGAGAAUAUGCAAGUAUCCCCUUCUUUUGAAGGAGUUACUGAAGCGGACUCCAAGGAAGCACAGUGACUAUGCAGCACUAAUGGAAGCCCUCCAGGCCAUGAAAGCUGUCUGUUCCAAUAUAAAUGAAGCCAAGAGGCAAAUGGAAAAAUUAGAGUUUUUGGAAGAAUGGCAGUCUCAUGUGGAAGGAUGGGAGGGGUCCAACAUCACAGAUACGUGCACAGAAAUGCUCCGAAGUGGACUACUAUUUUCAGGAAAUAUCCAAGAGAGGAUAUUUUUUCUUUUUGACAACCUUUUGGUUUACUGUAAAAAAAAGCACAGGCGAUUGAAGAACAGCAAAGCAUCUACAGACGGUCACCGUUACCUUUUUCGGGGCAGAAUAAACACAGAAGUGAUGGAGGUAGAGAAUGUAGAUGAUGGAACAGCUGACUAUCACAGCAGUGGCCACACUGUUAUUAAUGGCUGGAAGAUCCACAACACAGCAAAGAACAAAUGGUUUGUAUGCAUGGCAAAAACCCCUGAAGAGAAGCAAGAAUGGCUGGAAGCUAUUUUGAAAGAGCGAGAGAGAAGAAAAGGUUUAAAAUUGGGUAUGGAACAGGACACUUGGGUGAUGAUCUCUGAGCAAGGAGAACGACUCUACAAAAUGAUGUGCAAACAAGGGAAUCUCAUCAAAGACAGGAAGAGGAAAUUAACCACUUUCCCCAAAUGCUUUCUUGGAAGUGAAUUUGUGUCCUGGUUGUUGGAAAUCGGAGAGAUACACAAAUCUGAAGAAGGUGUUCAUCUUGGCCAAGCUUUGUUAGAGAAUGGCAUUAUCCAUCAUGUUACAGAUAAGCACCAGUUCAAACCUGAACACAUGCUGUACAGAUUCCGAUACGAUGAUGGAACGUACUACCCCAGAAAUGAGAUGCAGGAUGUGAUAUCUAAGGGUGUACGACUGUAUUGUCGCCUUCACAGUCUGUUUACCCCAGUAAUCAGGGAUAAAGAUUAUCACUUGAGAACCUACAAAUCUGUGGUCAUGGCUAACAAACUCAUAGACUGGUUGAUUGCACAGGGGGAUUGCCGGACGAGGGAGGAAGCUAUGAUAUUUGGUGUAGCUCUUUGUGAUAAUGGGUUUAUGCACCAUGUGUUAGAGAAAAGCGAAUUUAAAGAUGAGCCACUGCUGUUUCGGUUUUAUGCGGAUGAAGAAAUGGAAGGGUCAAAUAUGAAGCACAGACUCAUGAAACAUGAUCUGAAAGUAGUAGAAAAUGUCAUAGCCAAGUCAUUACUGAUUAAAUCUAAUGAAGGCACUUAUGGUUUUGGUUUAGAAGAUAAAAAUAAGGUGCCAAUUAUUAAAGUGGUGGAGAAAGGAUCAAAUGCUGAGAUGGCAGGCUUGGAAGCCGGGAAAAAAAUCUUUGCUAUUAACGGUGACCUGGUUUUUCUGCGACCCUUCAGUGAAGUGGAUUGCUUCCUGAAAGCAUGUUUAAACAGUAGAAAGCCCCUGCGGGUUCUUGUGAGCACUAAACCACGGGAGUAAGUUAUCAUUCCUUUGGGGGAAUUUUUAUGA